GUAAGUUUUGUUUCUGUUGUAGUUAUACUGUAUGAUUCUCGUAGUUCUCAGUUUCAGUUGUAGUACAGGGUUCCACCUCCAGAUUUUCUCGUCGUAGUCGGACCUGCACGAUUCAACUUCCCCUGAUCAUCAUGUUCGUACCAAAUAGAAGAAGACGAUUGCAACUGUUGAACAGCACCCUGAACGAACGUAGCAACCAUUUUGAUGCUUUCAUCACCACUGCCUGCAAAUACAAGGAGGUCCUCAUCUACUAGCCGCGGCGCAACAAGGAGGUCAUCUACUAGAACAGCACUGCCUGCAAAUACAAGUACGUCUCGCUAUUGUCCGAGUAUGCGCGAAAAUUCUGCGACCGCUGGUGGCCUCCUUGAAGUCCAGAACUUCCUAGCAGAGAAGACGUCAGCAACAUCUGCUUCAAUAGUACAGGUAAAGAACUACGAGACCAAGAACAGCCAGGAUGACGAACUAAGGCUGAAAAUAGCAACCGACGAAACUUUUUUUAAGGCUCAACUUUCAUUGGUCAUUGGGGUUGGUCACUGAAGAGAUCGCAGAGGGGCUCUCCUUAGAGAACAGGGGAAAAUGAAGGGAAAAGGGAAGAGCUUUGAAGAUGGUCUCUUCCUUUCAGAAUCAGUGGCCACUGACUGCUGGCCUUUAAUGUUUACCGCAAGAGUGAUUGCAGUAUUCCGAAGUUUCAAUUGUCUUUCUACGGAAGUUGCCGUCUAGGCUGGGCUGCAUCCUCCACUUAUGACGAGACAGGAAAAAGUUUACUGCCCAUGCAAUUCCUUGUUCUUAAGUUAGAGUAGAUGAUCCAUGGUCCUCGUCGAAGAAACCACAUUCCUUGGCUACUAGGGCUCGACCAUCAUCAAUCUAUCGAAAGAAAACGGUGGGAUUCACAUUGUGGGAUGAACACGUCGAAGAUUUCUAGACUCACAUUUUCAGUAUACUAAGUACUUACGGUUUUUCGUGUCAACUUCAUCCUACUGCGCGAGAAGACAUGCUGCUGACAUUAAGCCGCCUAUCGGUAGGGCAGGGAAACCUGAAAGCGGACCUGUUUGAUGAUCGUGUUGCUGGGGAAGAUCUGAGGAGUCAUCUGACUGCUGGAAAUGGACAAAAAGUCGGAAACGUGAACCCGAAGACAUCUUGGGCCUUUUCCUGGGUUCGUCCAGGUUGGGGACUCUUAAACUGCAAAAAACAGCCGAAACACGUAGCCCCUGAAGCAGAUGGACACUUGAAGUUAUGCUAUUCUUAGUGAGAGAGUGGUGGCUGUGUGUAGUUGGAGGGCCUUGGGAUUGGGUGCGAUUCAUGAUUGCACAGAAACAGAUAUACAACCAAUAUACUUAUGCUGUUUCAUGAUCAUGUUCCUACUGCUACAAGACACACGAGCAGCAUAUUCGCACUCUCCUGUAGACCACAUCACCACUGAAGCAACGUCUAACAAGAGAAGCCUCAAAAGCGGACAUCCAUACCCGCUUGCAUGUGGAAUUGAUGCAAAAUUGGUAUCGGAUUCUCUCGAACACCACCUUUGUUAUGGCGAAGUAAGACUAAGACUAAGAGCGGUGUGAGACUAGGUGAAGAUUUCUUAUAGCGCACGGACUUCUUAUUUGUGGCACCGACCCGACGUUGUACUUGUAGUAACAGAACAGCUUACAACCUGUUGUUCUGUCCCGUUAGAGGUACAAGAACGCAACAUCGCCUUCUAUUUUCUGCAGAAGAUGUACAAGUAGACUUCGCCUUCUAGUACUCAAGAUCUCGCGGCGACCUGCUAAUCUCGCGACCUUCUUCUUUCAUUCUGUAGACGUAGUCGUACUUAGUUGACUUGAACUUGAUGGAGGGUCUUCUACUUCUAAGAUUCCCCUUCUUCCACGGGGUGAUCUUGAACUUGAUGGAGGGUCUUCUACUUCUAAAAUUUCCCUUCUUCCACGGGGUGACGGCAGGGCCAUGUAUCGGAUACAGGAGGCUUUGGCAGCUGGCGCCAUUCCUGUGCUGA